GGGUCAACAUGUAGAAUGACCAGAGAUACGGGAGUACGCAGGGUGAUGAUUUUAAUCUAAGCACGCGUUGAUUUGAGCGAAGUACUGCAAUGGAGCUAACAGUCAACAUUUUGGAUAGUUACCGGGGCCGUGAUAAAGUCAUGCGUACAGCAUGUUUCGGUGCCAUGUUGGCCGCGGGUUUGGUUGAAAGGCGAAACAAGGGUAUGUCGACCAGGCUGCAAGUCGUCGUCGGCAGGCUUGCAGCGGCACGGACUGUUCUCCGGUUGUUCGAUGAUAUACCGAUGUUAGCAUGGACAUUGCACUAUGGACUCGGCAAACAGGAAAAGGAUGCCACCAUAAGAUGGUUGAAUGUUGCCAAGAAUAUAUGUGACCAAUGCUUCUUUCCUGUUGAACACAUUGCUUGGGCAGGAGAAGCAAAGAUCAUUGAUGUCAAGUCACCAACCCCGUGGUCAGUAGCCAGUGUUAUGAUAUGGGCAAGUUCAUUGGUGCUUGGUUGUAUUAUAUCAAUUAAAAAGAUGCACACUCUCAAAAUGAAAAAGAAAACUUUACUCGAUGAACUCAGCGCUAGUAAACUAAGGAAUGACAAUUCAGAAGUAUUAAAAGAAAUUCAAGAAUCAGUAAAGAAAGUACUGCUUGAAGAAAAGUUCAAUAAACUUGAUUUACUUGGCAGCGUGACCAACCUUCUAUGUGCGGUGAAUUGGUUUCCACCUGGUAUACUUUGGGCUGGUAAAUUCAGUAUGUCUAUGGUUGGUUUCUUGGCUAGUGUGUCGUCUGUUGUGGGGCUGCACAGGGUAUACGUACAGACCAAGGAAAAGCUGCGAUUAAAAUAUGCAUAGUGAUUAUUCCGGGUUACUCUAUGCAACAUGAAUUUAAUUUUGUUAAAAUGGGCGUGGCAAUUCUUUGUAUAAGGGUUUUUUAAAGCUAUGUGUGUUUAUUUGCUAGAGAUAAUGUCAUAACAUGCCACAAACAAUACAGGAAUAUUUUUGGUCUUACAAAUCAUGAUUUGAAUGUAAAACAAGAUUAGACCCUGACAGGUUUAUAAAGUUAAUUUUUAAUAGCCUGCACCACUCUUUCUUUAUUCUAUUGAAUAACUAAACUUAUAGAAAAAAAACUAAUGAUGACAAUUUUUUACCGGAUUUAUAUGCAUUUACAAAGUUGAUUGGAUUGUACAUUGUGGGGAUGAUUUUACAUCUUUCAUACCUAAUUUUCAUUUUUUCUCCUGAUGAAACAGGAUCAUUAUGGAGAUGAAUGCAUUUGGAUAUGUACAUUGUGAUUUGUCAACCAAUUAGAGCAUGUCUUACUAAAAAACAUACUGUAACAUGCGUUACGAUUGGCUAAUUGACGUGGAAAUUGGAUAUGCAAAUUUCUCAGAUUAGGAGAGAUUCCUUCACAACUUGUGUGCUUUCACAGCACUGCAUGACAUACCGGCGUUUUAAUGAAACCUUCGGGAUUAAGAGUUCAAACAUUGAAAUUCUGUCUACCCCUGGUUUGGGCAGUGUGUAUAUCAUAUUCCAUACCCUAACUCAUUCUGUUAGCGUGUAAUACAUGCUUCAAGAUGGUGAAUGGUUGUUGUAGUUUGCAUUUGUUUUUUUAAUUUUAAAAAAAUGUUUAAAUCUUAACGAAAUACGCAGGAUGGAACAAUUUUCGAGUUGAUUUUUAAAACAAAUUGACAAUUUGAAAAAAAAAAUAAUAAAAAUAUUUACAAAAAAGGAUAAUUUAAUAAUAGAAAACACAUGCACCACACAUUUAACAGAGAAAGACAAAACAAAUACAUCAACAUAAUCCUGAAAAUUAAUCUAGCUCAAAAAUUAAAGUCAACUAAUUAUAAUUAGCACAUUUUUUUAUCAUCUACCAGAGAUUUCGUUCAACUUCUUAAUUGUUAUUUUAAAACAGAUGAUUACGUAGUGCUGUUUAAUCUGAGUUAGUCUCUCAGCAUUUUAAAGCAAUACAGUCAUAUUACUUUGUUUUUAGACAGAAUCCGAUGGCUAGUGAUCAAAUUGACAAUGUUGCCAUACUACGUUAAGCUGAACAUUUUUUUCUUUGCGGCGCCACCACUGACGUUAUUGUUGCAUUUAAACUGAUAAAAACACGUUACUGACGCCACUGUCAGACACUAGGGUAAACAACUACUGAUAUUGAUAGUUCGCUAGCUAGUUUUAUACUUCUCUGCAAUUUAAAACUGCGUGCCCGAAGUAUAUGAUUUACACAUUUACUAACGAAACACGCUCAAUAGUUAACAAUAAUAUUAUUUUGAGACAUUGAUCUAGACAACAAACUUUUUAAAUCGCUUCAAAUUUCAACGAGACAGAAGCAGUGGCGAAAUUGUAGCAAUACUAGGUUGUGAAAUUGUAAUACUCUGAAAAUUGUGAACACAGCUCACAGCAAAGAUUCAACAGAUUACAAAUGCAAGAACACAGCAACGAACAAUUUCCAAAUGCCAAACGAAAUAGACGGUGGAAGCUCUCGUUUCAAAAUCAAAAUAUUUUUCAUUUUAUCAUUCUUUGUAGUCGUAAACACUACUUUCAAAUACAAGAAAACAAAAUAUGCAAGUAAAAAAAUUAAUGUUUACGUGGUGACUGAAAUCUGCUAUGCUAAGACAAGCUACCGGAAACCAGCUAGAAAAAAAAAACUCAAACUAUUUUCAAAGGCCACUGUCUCUAUGCGGGGGAAAUGGACGGCGGUGGAAAUGUUGGCAACGAUGUCUGAGUAUAUGUCUGUAUUUAGUGAGUGGCGACAGCGUUUUUAUCAGUAUGACGCGCCAUCUUUAAAAAAAAAAGUGCUCAAUUGUUCAUUGUUCUGAUAAACAGUAUGGCAACUUUUCUCAUGUAAUUAUCGAUGUGAAAUCAGUGAUUCCGUCGUUGUGGAAAUUUUGGCAGAGAAGUAAGUAAGAUAUUGAUCAUACUGUUCGUAUAUGAUAUAUUGAUCACAUCUUCGUCUUUGGUAUGCGGAGAUAGUACUUGUGUAAGACUCAUUUUCUAUUUUUACUGAAUUUACUUCUAAUUUAUGCAAAUAUUUUUAACGUACAGUGCUGUCGGAUCAGCUGAAAGGCUGUCUGUAUUUCUAUGUAAUUAGUUUAAAUAUUAUAUAGCACUAACACACGACCAAUUAGUUUUUGUGCAUACUAAUUAGCUAAUUUACAUGACAGAUACAUAUGUCAGAAUGUUCUUUAUGCAUAUUGUCAUCAAAUGUUUCAAAUGAACCUGAACUAAAUGUAUAGCUAUUUAAUCUCAAUCUGUAUAGUAAACAAUACAGUUAAUAUUUCACAUUAUAUAGCACCAACACACGACCAAUAAGUUUUUGUGCAUACUAAUUAGCUAAUUUACAUGACAUACAUAUGUCAGAGUGUUCUUUAUGCAUAUUGUCAUCAAAUGUUUCAAAUGAACCUGAACUAAAUGUAUAGCUUUUUAAUCUCAAUCUGUAUAGUAAACAAUAAAGUCAAUAUGUCAUUGACUUUAUACCGUUAAACAAGACAGAACUAUGUUGUUAGCAUAACAUGUUCUUGCUUUUUAAUCUAUAUAUUUUGCGUAAAAACUAUUCUUGCAGCAACAUAUUAUGCUAGGUGGAAUACUUGUACGAAAUUAAAAUGAAGCUAAAAGUAAAUAUGUGUUCUAACAUAAAUCAUUCUUCUAACUGUCUAGGAGCUAUUUUAAACUACAUAACUGGAACAUCAUUGUAUUUUACCCUAUGUAAAUUCAUGUGGCAAAUGUAUUAGACUGGCCCAGUACUAAU